AUGGCGUGCCUGUCUCACCGCGAGCCGCGGUCCGAGACCGUGGGCAAGAGGAUGCUGGUGACAGGUGGGCGCUGGGCGCGUCGGGGUCCCGGGCCGCGCUACCCACACACCGCGCAUCGCCCCAGCCCGCUGGGCACCGGGUGCCAUGAACGCGGUCCAGACUAUAUCAAGGAUCAUUUGCCUAAACUUCACCAGCAUACUGCCUAUAUAGGAGAGAAGCGUCCAGCAUUAGAAAAAACUGGAGACCUCAAAUAUUUAUGGAGGCCUGCGUCAAACAGAAGCAUGCCAGCAAAAUAUAAAUACCAGCACGUUGGUGAAGUUGGCUGGGGAAUACCAGAGUAUAAUUUCAUCAACAAAUCAAGACUUGAGAGUGGCUUUCAUAUCAAGCAUGGAGAGUUAAGUGUUGAUGCCAUAGAUAAAUUAACUCACAGAUAUCAGAAUCCAUGGCAGCCCAAGCCCUCUGUCCUGGACAGGGCCGGCCGGUACAGUCGGGCUUUCCUGGCCUGGCACAUGGACGACUACGAGGGCACCCACCAGAGGAACUCCAGACGGGCUCUGCUGGUGAAGGAGAGUAAGUCACCAAACAUUCACCAGCAGGCCAGGCUGCCAAAGCUACAAAGCAAGGACAAGGUAGGCUCCCUUGCGUUCCCGCGCGUGUCCCCUGUGGCCGCGCCGAGCUCCCCGAUGGGUGCUCGGGGCUCCCGCCGCCCGCAGCUGAGAACAGGGGUGUGCUCUGCCCUUCACCGUCUACCAUGGGCUCUGACCAGAGAGAACGGCCCCUCCCCUAAUUUCCAAAAGCUGAGAAAACGGUGUGUGAGCCUGUAG